ACAACAACCGUCGAUUUCUUCCUCCCAGCCCCUAUCCGAUCGGAAUACCGCGUCAUAUCCACAACUCUUGCAAAUAAAUACUAUUCAUGCCUAUGUCUUUUCCUCGUCUUGGUGUUCGCUAUUGCCGAGUUUGAGCAGCCAGGGUGGUUCCCACGACCAGAGGAGCUCAGCUCAGCAGUGAUUGGCUUCCUUGGUGUAGGAACUAUCAUAUCCCUUGUUGUCGCACUGUCCGAGUAUGUCGAAACACACACUUGGCCAUGGGAGGACGAUGGAUUCGUAUGGCCAUGGGAGGCACUGCUUUGGAGAGGUACUAUAUACAAUGAUGAGGCAUUAGACGACAGUGUAGCUGCACAUUCAGGAUCAUAUGGCGUACAAGUGUCACGGCAAGUAGGAACGAAGAAGUCUGAUUGUUCUGAACACGAACAGGCAAGCAAGAGACCGGAUAUGAUCAUUCCCCCGACAAAUUUCCUGCCGGGUGGGCUCAGGCAGAAGCAUCUUUCCCCGCCCAUAACGCAUCCCUCUGGGCUUUUGGGGGAAUCACCGACACCU